CAGAGACAGUGUGGCCACCUGCUGUUUUUCGGCCCGUAGGGCUGCCCAGAACUGACCCUGCGACGAUGAUCUUGGUGCAAUGCGCCGCCUGCGCUGCCCCGCUCGGCUUGUCGUCUGGAAAGAAAUGCGGCCGCUGCAGCACACGCUACUGCGGGCCAGCUUGCCAGGAGCAGCACUGGAAAGAGGGCGGGCACGACAAGCUCUGCAAGAAGAUCAAGCGCGCUGGCGGCGCCGAGCAGUACAAUGCGAAUCAGAAGUACACGGCGGCCGUGACGAUCGCGGCGGAGGCGUGCGCGGACGACACCAAGGGCCAGACGUGCUACAUCUGCACGCAGGCCCUCCAUUGGAAAACGAAGGAGGGUCUCGUGCGCAUGUGCGCGUGCCGCGGGACGGCGGGCUUCGCGCAUGUUUCUUGUCUGGCGGAGCAGGCGAAGAUUUCGGUCGCGGAGGCCCUGGAGAACAAUUUGGAUGGCGAGAGAUGGUCUUCGAGGUGGGGGCGGUGGGACACGUGCAGCCUGUGCGAACAAGAGUACCACGGCGUCGUGCGGUGCGCGCUCGGGUGGGCGUGCUGGAAGACGUAUGUGGGUCGGGCGGAGAAUGACUGGCCUCGGCUGGGUGCGAUGAGCGCGCUUGGGAACGGAUUAUCCGUUGCAAAACAAUACGCGGACGCGUUGGCCGUGAGAGAGGCCGAGUUGGCUAUGAAGCGGCGGCUUGGCGCAGAUGAAGAUAGCAUUCUCGUCGUGCAGAGCAAUCUUGCGAGCACGUAUCAAUUUCUCGGACGGCGUGAGGAGGCACUGUCUCUGCGACGUGUCGUGUACUCCGGACGUGUAAAUCUCGUAGGCGAAGAUCAUAGAGGCACCCUCGGGGCAGCUGUCAACUACGCCUCGACCCUCUUCGCUCUGGACCACUACGCAGAAGCCAGGGCACUACUACGCAAAACGGUUCCCGCGGCGCAACGCGUUCUCGGUGAGAAUCAUAUGAUCACGCUCAAGAUGAGGAAAGUUUACGCGCAGUCGCUCUGCGGCGACCCCGCCGCCACGCUCGACGAUCUCGGCGAGGCCUUGACGACGCUCGAGGAGACGGGACGGACCGCGCGGCGCGUGCUCGGGGGUUCGCACCCUUUCGUUGUGGAUACUGAAAGGUUCCUGCGAGGGCUGCUCGAAGCCCUCGACGCCCGCGAAGCGUCAGAGACGGGGGUCGACGUGAACUCCGUCCGCGAGGCGAUGGAAGCGAUGACGCCCGGGGAUGCGUAACUAGUACAUGCAAGCA